AUGACUAUGAAUGUUGAGCCAGAUAACCCACUGAGAUAUGAAUUAUCUAUUGCCGAACUGAGUCUAUCGACCGACAGAAUGGUACCAGACGCGCCUAAUCCGGGUGAUGCGCCCCCUGGAGAUCUACCUGCUGGGUGGUUUGAUGAGUGCCCAACCGGUGUAUGGACAUGCAAGCAUAACAUUUCUCUAGCCAGUCAAGGUACUCAUACGCUUCAGAACCGUUUGAGAAACUCGAACUGUCUCUUGGAAAAAAUUGUGAUAAAUUCGGGUGGUGUUCGCGAGAGUUAUCUAGGUCCACCCCAAAUUAGGGUUCUGGGUGUACCCUUCCCUUCUAAUUAG